AUGACCGCUCUGCUGACACUGCCUUCGCUGCUGCUCCUGGGGGCCCUGGCCCAGCAUGGAUCCGGGUGGACGUACUCAGGGGGGGCACUGGAUGAGGCACACUGGGCUGAGGAGUACCCCACCUGCAGCGGGGAGAGGCAGUCGCCCAUCAACCUGCAGAGGAAGAUGGUGCAAUACAACCCCGCCCUGCAAGCUCUGAAACUCACCGGCUACAAGGCCCAGGGGGGCGAGUUCUCCAUGAUCAACAACGGCCACACAGUGCAGAUCAGCCUGCCCCCCACCAUGCGCAUGACCGCCAACGACACCGAGUACGUGGCCCUGCAGAUGCACUUCCACUGGGGCGGCGCGUCCUCCGAGAUCAGCGGCUCUGAGCACACCAUCGACGGCGUCAGAUAUGUAGCAGAGAUGCAUGUCGUCCACUACAAUUCUAAAUACGGUAGCUACGAUGCAGCCAAGAACGCCCCGGAUGGCCUGGCUGUGCUGGCAGCCCUCAUUGAGAUCAAGGACUAUUCUGAAAACACUUACUACAGCGACUUCAUUUCUCACUUGAAAAACGUCAGGUACACAGGACAAACCACAGUUCUGAAUGACCUUGAUGUCCAGGACAUGCUGCCCCCAAACCUCCACUACUACUACAGCUACAAGGGCUCGCUCACCACUCCUCCCUGUACGGAGAAUGUCCAGUGGUUUCUGCUGGCAGACUUUGUCCAGCUCUCCAAGGCACAGGUCUGGAAGCUAGAGAAUUCCUUACUGGAUCACCAGAACAAGACCCUCCACAAUAUUUACCGCAGGACUCAGCCCCUCAACAACAGAGUGGUGGAAGCCAACUUCAUGUAUCACCCUAAUUAUCACUAUAAUCUAGGCUCUGAGCUCCAGUUUUACCUGCGCAAGAUCAAAAGUAACAUUGAUUACCUGAGAAAACUUAUUGAGAGGAAAGGGACGAGAAAGGCGGAUUUUAAGCUGGUAGAGUAG